GAUUUUGGAUAAAAAUUAAGAAAAGUAUGACUACUUGAUUGCAGAACAUAUAGUAAAAAAGAAAAAAUAAACAGUUUUUUCAAUUGAAGAUAUUUAAUAAUUUUUGUUUUUUGCAAAAGAAAUUUAACCUAUUUUAACAAAAGAUGCUGCAAUAGAAUUAUAAAAGCAAUAUGUUAAUUUAAGAAAAAAUAAUGAUAUUUGGCAGUUUUUUAGAUUUACUGUUAGAUAAUUAGAAAGUACUAUCAGAAUUAGUGAAGCUUUGGCUAAAAUUGAACUUUAAUAAGAAAUUUAGGUUAAACAUGUUAAAGAAGCUGUUAGAAUGGUUUCUUUAUGUUUUGUUGAGGCUUUUAAUGAAGAAAAAGAAUUUUAAUUUGAAAUCAAAAAAGAUAAGUUUAAUAUUACUUAAAAAUAAUUUUUUUUUGUAAAACAAUUAAUUUUAGUAAAUAUAAGAGAUUUAGAAAAACAAAAUAAGGAAAAAAUAACAUAAGAUAAUAUAAUUUAAAAUGUUAUUUAAAGUCUAAAAGAUGAAUAAAUACUUAAGAAUGAAUAAUAAGUUAAAAAAAUGAGCA